AUGACUGAAGAAAAGUUCAAGCCAGCAAGAAGAGUGGCUGGCCAGAGGCAAGAUGUAUGGAGCAUCAUCAAUGAGGCAGCAGCAGCCACACCCAAGCAGCCUGUCGAGACCAACUGCGACGAUAUUGCUUUUAUUGGCACAGAGCUGACUGUAUACAUUGGCUACAACCCACCUCAAUUUGUGCUCGAUGCAGCAAAACAAGCCCUCGAUCGUGUAGAAUGCAAUCAAUACUCUCCUACCAAAGGCAGACCCAGAUUGAAGAAAGCCAUUGCCGAUGCCUACAGCCCUUUCUUUGGCAGAGAGCUCAAUCCUGAGACGGAAGUCACAAUCACAACAGGCGCCAACGAAGGCAUGCUUAGUGCCUUCAUGGCAUUCAUCGAGCCAGGCGACGAAGUCAUUAUCUUUGAGCCAUUCUUUGAUCAAUACCUUUCGAAUAUCGAGAUGCCUGGUGGAGUUAUACGAUAUGUUCCGAUGUCCCCUCCUAAAGAUGGCGCUGAACGAACAUCUUCUGCCGCAAAUUGGACCAUCGAUUGGGACGUGCUGGAAAGUUCAUUCAACGAGAAGACCAAAAUGAUUGUCAUCAACACUCCACACAACCCAGUCGGCAAGGUCUUCAGCAAAGAGGAAUUGCAGCGGAUAGGCGAUCUUUGCCUUAAGCACAAUGUCCUGAUCCUGUCCGAUGAGGUCUACGAUCGCCUCUACUACGUGCCGUUCACACGAAUAGCUACCUUGUCUGAAGAGCUUGCUAAACAGACAAUGGUAGUAGGCAGUGGUGGUAAAUGCUUUGCAGCUACAGGAUGGCGGGUAGGCUGGCUUUGCGGGCCUCCUGGACUGAUCAAAUAUGUGAGCGCGGCGCAUACACGAAUUUGUUAUAGCAGCGUCUCGCCUCUGCAGGAAUCUGUUGCCAUAGGCUUUGAGCAAGCGGACAAAGUUGGAUACUGGGAUCACUCCGUCAAGGAGAUGCAGGGCAAGAUCAAGAGAUUCUGUGAAGUGUUUGAUGAGCUCGGUAUCCCAUAUUCUGAUCCUGAAGGUGGUUAUUUUGUUCUUGCGAAUUUUGCCAAGGUCAAAGUGCCAGAUGAUUAUCAAUUUCCAGACCAUGUCGUAAACAGACCACGAGAUUUCAAGAUGGCAUGGUUCAUGAUCAUGGAGUUAGGAAUCGCUGCCAUACCUCCGACCGAGUUUUACACGGAUCAGAACACACAUAUCGCCGAGGACUGGAUCCGGUUCGCAGUGUGCAAAAACGACGACGUCUUGGAAGACGCCAAGGACAGAUUACGAGGACUCAAAAAAUAUAUGACAUAG